UUCUUCACUCACUAGGACUCAUCUCAAAGUUUUGUUUUCAAUAUCAACCGUUAGAUUUCUUCUAUGGCCUUGACUUGGAAGUAAAUUGAGGGGUUUAUUUAUAAGUAGACCAGGUGGUGGAGAUAUUACAACAUAGUAUAUAUCAACUGUUAGAUUUGUUCACUGUCUUGUUGUCUGAGCAAUGUCAAAAGUAGGAAGAAUGAAGUUGGGUUCACAGGGAAUGGAAGUGUCAUUACAAGGACUUGGUUGUAUGAGUAUGUCUGCUUUCUAUGGUCCUCCUAAGCCUGAAAUUGACAUGAUUGCCCUCAUCCAUCAUGCCAUUCAAUCUGGUGUCACUUUUCUUGAUACUUCUGAUAUCUAUGGUCCUCACACCAAUGAACUACUUCUUGGAAAGGCUUUGAAGGGAGGGGUAAGAGAGAAGGUUGAAUUGGCUACAAAGUUUGGAAUCAAAUUUUCUGAAGGGAAAGUUGAGGUCUCUGGUGAUCCAUCAUAUGUGAGAGCUGCAUGUGAGGAUAGCUUGAAGAGACUUGAUAUUGAUUGCAUUGAUCUCUAUUAUCAGCACCGUAUUGAUAGUCGUCUACCAAUUGAAAUCACGAUUGGGGAGCUAAAAAAACUUGUGGAAGAGGGUAAAAUAAAAUAUAUUGGUUUGUCGGAGGCCUCAGCUUCAACAAUCAGAAGAGCACAUGCUAUUCAUCCAAUAACAGCUGUGCAGUUGGAGUGGUCACUUUGGUCAAGAGAUGUGGAAGAAGAAAUAAUUCCAACAUGCAGGGAACUUGGAAUUGGAAUUGUUGCAUAUAGUCCUCUUGGGAGAGGAUUCUUGAGUUUGCCUAGAUUUCAACCCGAAAACCUGCAGCAGAAUCAGACUAUAUUUGAUAAGGUCAAUGAAUUGGCUGCAAAGAAAGGAUGUACUCCAUCUCAGCUUGCACUGGCUUGGCUUCAUCACCAAGGAACCGACGUGUGUCCGAUACCAGGCACGACCAAAAUCGAGAACUUGAAUCAAAACAUUGGUGCUUUAUCUGUCAAACUAACACCAGAAGAAAUGACAGAAAUUGAGUCCUUAGCAGAUUCUGUUAAGGGUGAUAGAUAUGUGCAGGGUGUAAGAACAUGGAAGGAAUCUGAUACUCCACCACUCUCUUCUUGGAAAGCUGCAUAAUUAAGUGAUUUUACUUAAUUAAUGCUCAUACUAGUGUUCCUUUGGUAUCUGCUGAUGUUACCUUGUGAAAUAAAUGAAUAUGAGAAGCUUGCCUUCCCUUUUGAAUGAAUUUGGCUGUAUAAACCUUUAUAAUUAAUAGAAUUUGAUGUGGAAAAUUUUUACAA